AACGACGGGCGCUGCCAGGGCAAGGGCACUCGCCAUUCCGCCUAUUAAAAGGUGGCCGCCGCCGCCGCCCACCCCCACCACACCAUCAGACACAGAGAACACGCGCAAGGAGCACGAGGAGGAGGAGGCAAGGGAACCCGCCCGCCGCCCGCCGCCGUCCUUCCUCGCCGACCCGCCGCGACAGUCAGGUUUCAAGAUGUCAACCAGCACGUUUGCGACCUCCUGCGCGCUCUUGGGCAAUGUCGGAACAACCGGCGCCUCCCAGAAAGCGGUCAAGAGCAGCCUGAGCUUCCUCGGCCGAGGCGCGCCGCAGCUGCCGAGCCUGAGGUCCUCCUCCUCCAAGAAGCUGGACGUCUCCGCGGCGGCCACGUACAAGGUGAAGCUGGUGGACCAAGACGGGCAGGAGCAUGAGUUUGAGGCGCCGGACGACGCCUACAUCCUUGACUCGGCGGAGACGGCAGGGGUGGAGCUGCCCUACUCAUGCCGCGCGGGGGCGUGCUCGACCUGCGCGGGCAAGAUCGAGGCCGGUUCGGUGGACCAGUCGGACGGGUCGUUCUUGGACGACGCGCAGCAGGAGGAGGGCUACGUGCUGACGUGCGUGGCCUACCCCAAGUCGGACUGUGUCAUCCACACCCACAAGGAGGGCGACCUGUAUUAGGGCUCUCAUCUCAUCUCUGGUGCCGCGCGCGAUUGGUUGUGUGUCGAGUAGAAGAAGAAGGUGUGUGUGUCUGUAAAACCCUGAUGGUUGUGUGCUUUGGUCGUUAGUCGGAGGUUCGUUAAGAUUGUUGGGUGAAGCCACCCAUGGAGAUGGAGAUGGAGAAGGCGAAUAAAAAUGAGGUGACUCUGAUGGCAUUAUAAAAGGAGUUUCAUGGUUUU